CCCUGGACCUGCUGCGGGGGACACAGACUGGGAGAAGGAGGAGAGAGGGGAAGAGGAGGACCAGCGCCAGGUCAGGAAAGAGACUUGAGCGGCGCCUCCGAGGAGCCAUGAGGACGGCCAGGCGGGCCAGCACCGUGGAGGUGCCCUCCUUCCUCCGCCAGCUAGCCAAGGAGACAGAGAAGAUGGUCACCUUCUUCUUUAAGGGAGUACAGAAAGAUGACCAGGAGGGGAACGAAGAGGACUUCAGUGAUGAGGAUAACGGGCCGAGCAUCUACCUGGACCGGCCCAUCCUGGAGAAACACGCGGCCGAGGGGGGGUCUCAGUGGGGGGUGAACUAUGCAACGGCCAGCAUGCAGGGCUGGAGGGCGCAGAUGGAGGACGCCCAUGCCUGCAUGCCGGAGAUGGGAGGGGAGCUGGUGGAGUGGGGCUACUAUGCUGUGUUUGAUGGACACGCUGGCAACACGGUGGCACAGUACUGCUCCCGCAACCUGCUGCAACACAUCCUCGCUACAGGGCGCGUAAAGGCGGAGGAGGACCCUGAUGAUGUGAAGGAGGGGAUUGUCGAGGGCUUCCUGGCCAUCGACAGCCACAUGCACACACUGACGCGCCAGGAAUGCUGGGAGCGCAGCGGCUCCACGGCGGCUGCCGUCAUGCUCUCGCCGCAGUACAUCUACUUCGUCAACUGUGGCGACUCGCGGACGCUCCUCUGCCGUGACGGCCAGGUCAUCUUCUACACGGAGGACCACAAGCCUUUCAACCCUAGGGAGAAGGAGCGAAUACAGAACGCAGGCGGCUCGGUGACCCAGCAUAGGGUGAACGGCUCCCUGGCUGUGUCCAGGUCCCUGGGUGACUUUGACUUUAAGGAGGUGGACUGGAGGUCCCAGACUGAGCAGCUGGUCUCCCCAGAGCCGGAGGUGUACAAGCUGGAGAGGUCACCGCAAGACGAGUUCCUCAUAGUGGCUUGUGACGGCGUGUGGGACGCCAUCGGCAAUGAGGAGCUGUGUGCGUUCGUCCGCAGCCGCCUGCAGGUGUGCGAUGACCUGAGGGAGAUCUGCAACCAGGUCAUUGACCUCUGCCUCUAUAAGGGUAGUUUGGACAACAUGAGCAUCAUCAUUGUGACCUUUUCUGGCGCACCCCAGGUGUCACAAGAGGCCCUACAACAAGAGGCCGAGCUAGAGACACUCCUCGAGGCCAAAGUGGAAGAGAUUGUCAAUUUGCUAAGGUCGCGGGACAAGGACCCUGACCUGCUGUACGUGAUGAAGUUUCUGGUCUCUGAGGACAUACCUGGCCUGCCACCAGGGGGAGGAGUCACCAGCAAAAGAGACUGUGUAAUCUCUGCAUAUCAGAAGUUUGUAACGCCCUUCAGAUCUCUGGAACCAAUGGACAUCGGAGGAUCUGAAGAGUCCUACUAGUUGUUUCCAUGGAAAUGUAUUCUUCAGCCUCAUGUAUCCAUGGCGACCAAUUCCAACUGGGGACUCCACUUUUCAGCUGAGGAAUCAGCCAAUGGCUAAAUAAAGAACUAUGGUGGGAGUGGUUUUGACCUGGGCCUUCCCUUAGCCAUUCAUCUCUUCUCUGUUCCUCAUU